GUUAUGCAACACAAAAUGCGCAAUUUGACACAUGCCUACAGAAAACUGUAAAAUUUUUGUUUUUUAUGUUUAAUGUUUAUAUUUAUUACUAAAAUAAGCAAAACGAAUAUUCAAUGACCCUUUUUUCGCUUUGGUUUAGAAUAAAGCGUUUUUAAAAUACCCUCGCCACUUUUCGCUGCAGUAUUUGAGGUUAUGUUUACAAACAAUGAAGCCUAAAGAAAUGGAAAGUACGAUAAAAUCGAAGCAUGUAGACACUCUAUGCCGCGUUUGCCUCACGGCGUCCAAAAACCUAGUCAAUUUGUGUACCCCCAUCAACGAAAAAGUUUUAAACUUCAAGGAACAAUGGCCCAUUUUCGAUAUGCUCGAACGGGUAACGUUUCAAAAGGUUAUUUUAAGCUCAAAAUUCCCCUCCAAACUCUGCCAGAUGUGUCUGAGUUUUCUGAAAAUAGCGUAUGAAUUCCAGGAGCAGUUUUACAGUUCACAAAAUCUUCUAGGAAAAGUGACUGAAGAAGUGCCGGUGGAAAAGUCCGAAAUUUGUUGCAACAGAAAGGAGAGUGUUAGUGAGAAGCCACCCACUGAAGAGCGUCCAGUUGUUGCUGUGGAAUUAAUCUACGGUGAUAACAAAUUUGACUUGAAUGAUGUUCUUAUUGUGGAAGAUGAAAAAAGAGACAAAAUCUCGUAUGACGGUUUCCUGAAGAAUUUGGGGUCAGAAGUGUCAGCUAAAUUCAUUCACAAACACGCCUCUCGAGUUCAUAAUGAUGAAAACUGUGAUGACUCAGUGGAAGUCAUUUUAAUUAAUAGGAACGACACCAAGAGCGACGAAACGCCAAUAGUAGAAAAUUUUAAACCUAACAACACCCAGUGUGACAAAAUUGAUCCGGCUUGCUUAAAAGUGAACAAAUACCCCAAUGAGUGCAAAGUGGUCAUUCAAGACGCACGCACAGAUGCCGUUAUUAAAACCCUGUACGAGUGUCCAGUGUGUACCAAACCUUUCGCAACUCUCAGUGACUUAGAAACCCACGUUGACUCUAAACACACGACUCAGAACUUCUUCAUGUGUGAACAGUGUGGACACAUGGCGCAAACCCGUUCACAGUUGUACCACCAUAUGGUAAAACACAAAGGAAAACGGUUCCAUUGCAACUUCUGUGACAAAAAGUACGACUCAAUUUCACACCUCAAAGUCCACCUUGACGUACACAAAAAUGAAAGGCGGCACUUGUGCUACCACUGUGGCAAAAGCUUCAAUUAUGCUGUCUCGUUAAAAUAUCAUCUACGACUGCACUACGACAAGAAAUUUGUUUGUAAUUAUUGUGGCUUGAAAUAUCGCAUGCCCAACACGUUAAAGCGGCAUUUGCGGACGCACACGAAAGAUAAACCUUAUAAUUGUGGGUAUUGUCCUAAGAGGUUUUCGUCAAGGGGGGAACAAGUUUCACACGAAAUGCUCCAUACAGGGGUCAGGCCAUUCCAUUGCGAGUAUUGCGGGAAGGGUUAUAUCAAACACGGGAAUUUGAAAGAGCACCAUUUGACUCACUCAGGGCCCCAUCAGUGCAAUUUUUGCUCAAAGACGUUUAUAGAUAUGAAGUUUUUAAAAAUACACAUGAAGAGGGCACAUAAGGACGAUGACAUUGUGGAGUUACCAAUUGAUUAUUUUGUGUGAUCGUAAAUAAAGUUUCAUUUUAAUACGUC